AGCGUAUCCAUCACUUUUAGAGAUUCCCGAUAAUCACCAGCCGAAUCUUGGUUUGGGCACCACCCCUAAAGCUUGACAUACACAACAACCUGCGACACCUCUGCUCAACUCGACCUGCCGGAGCCGACGAGCCCAGGACAAGCACGAGGCCAGCUUGGCGCAUGGCCAUGGCCGCAGCGUUACCGUAGAGCCUGCCCGCACCGCGCAACUAUGCAGUCUUCUCUGUGCAGAGCUGCGUCGCCUUGGCUAUACAAGCCAGCCCCAGCAUCAUGGCGAUCUAUUUCAACAUCGAGGUUCCUCGCCCGGAAUUCCUCUCCGAAGCUUCCUCGUGCCCAUAGAGGCCAUAAUCCCCUUGCAAAGCUACUUGGAUCUACUCCGCUGCCAGGGAAGAACCCGAGAUUCAAAGCACCGUAUGGCGUCAGCAAUCAGAGCCCUCUGAGCCCUCCCCGUGACGCCAGUCACACCUACGAUGCUUUCAAGAGGCUCGUGCUCACGCGAAUCGACCUCGUCUUUGCCAGAGAGGGCUGGGCUCAUAACAAGGCUCAGUGGAGGGCUUUCGGCCUGAACACACAGGAAGACUUUGACAAGGAGGCAAAACUGUUCCGCCUCGCGGUGGAAAAAGCUUGUGACCUUGCGACCUCGGAGAAGGCGAUUGGGAAGAACAACAACCCCUUAUUCUGGUCGCUACGGAAGGGCUUUGUCGACGGCGACGUGUCUGGGCUCACCGGAGAGAUACAGUACAGCUUUCAGAACUUCUUGAUGCGCACCAGGUUCCCAAAGAACAUUGUCGCCACGCAACAGGCCAUGGCGGACUUCCGCUUCCCCUACGAAUGGUUCCCAGCCACGCGAGCGAUGCAGCGGACGAUACAUCUUCACGUGGGACCGACAAACUCCGGCAAAACGUACAAUGCUCUGAAAGCCUUGGAGAAUGCCCGGUCAGGGAUAUACGCAGGACCGCUGCGACUUCUCGCUCACGAGGUGUAUUCUCGUUUCAUCGCGAAGGGCAAGAGCUGCGCUCUCGUCACGGGCGAGGAACAGCGCAUCCCGACAGAUUCGGACACGUACUUCCGAAGUUGCACAGUUGAGAUGACACCUCUUAACAAUCCAGUCGAUGUUGCAGUCAUCGACGAGAUCCAGAUGAUUGGCGAUUCGGAGCGCGGCUGGGCAUGGACUCAGGCCGUGCUGGGUGUCCAGGCGCGGGAGGUACAUCUGUGUGGAGAAGAGCGCUCGGUCGACUUGAUCAAGUCGAUAUGCGCCACAACAGGUGAUAAGCUCGUAAUACAUCAGUACAAGCGUCUCAGUCCCCUUAAGACGAUGGAUGAGAGCUUGAGGGGAAACUUCAACAGCCUGGAGAAAGGAGACUGUGUGGUCACUUUCUCGCGGGUGGGCAUCCACGCCCUGAAGAAGACUAUUGAGCAGAGGACGGGACGAAGGGUCGCCAUCGUCUAUGGUUCCCUUCCACCCGAGACAAGAGCUCAACAGGCUGCUCUUUUCAAUGAUCCUAACAACGACUAUGAUUUCCUGGUCGCUAGCGAUGCGAUAGGAAUGGGACUAAAUCUCGAGAUCAAACGGGUGAUUUUCGAGCAGACACACAAGCGGACUGCUACGACAUACCGGCAGAUGGAGAUCUCAGAGCUCAAACAAAUCGGCGGUCGUGCUGGUCGUUUUCGGACAGCUGCUCAUGCGAUCAAAUCAGGUGCCUCCUCAUCUGCGAAGGAGGGUGAUAUCAACGUCACCCCGCCAAAGCAGAUAGGACUAGUCACGACUCUCGAGCCUGAUGAUCUCCCGAUUGUACAGAGAGCUUUUUCCCAGGACGCCGAACAGCUGAAGACAGCAGGCAUCCAGCCGCCCCCGGCAGUUCUGGAGCGGUUCUCCAGCUAUUUCCCACAGAACACCCCGCUUACGUAUAUCCUUAUGCGGCUGAGGGACAUUGCCCAAGUUUCUCCUCGUUAUCACAUCUGCACCACCGGCGAGAUGCUCAAAAUAGCCAAUUUGAUCCAGGCGUUUCCUAUGCCCAUCUACGACAGAUGCGUAUUUCUCAAUGCUCCAGUCUUCUUAAGGGAAGAUGACGGAAUCAAGAUUCUGCAGGCUUAUGCCAAGUGCGUCUCAGAUAUGAGUGGAGGCCAUUUGCUGGACAUUCCCGAAAUUAAUCUGGAGCUGCUGGAUCAGCCAAAGGACGAUGAUCCAUUCGUCCGUGCCCAACACUUACGCAAACUCGAGACGCUUCACAAGGCCAUCACCCUGUACCUAUGGCUCAGUUAUCGGUACUCUGGAGUGUUCCAUAGUCAGCAUCUUGCGUUCCACGUCAAGCAGCUUGUUGAGACACAGAUUGACGAGCAUCUGGCCGAGGUCACCGAGUCGGACAGUGCACGCAAGAAGAGACUCAAGCAGAUGCGCCGGAUUGCCACGAAUGUGCAGCGCAAGAAGCAGAAGCUCUUGGGCGACGACAUUCCAGCUGAAGGAGAGCAGCACCACGAGGUUCCAGGGGACUGGAACGAACCCGGUCACGAAGAGCCCCUGUACGAAGAUCAACGAGAGCUGGAGAGUGCUUCCUCUGCUAGUGAAUCGACGAAGUAACUUCUGCCUCCCGAAGGACAUGGACCGAUGAAUCAUAACAAUUCACUCGGCUUGCGCGGUCUUAGAACACCACGCGCUGUAGAAUUAUCUGUACACAAUUUUUAUGACUGAUGUAUAUACGGCUAGGUAGAUGAAAUUAGAGCCCAAGACCGGCGCCAUUCAUUGAGAGGUCAUAUGGAUAAAAGCGCACAAUGCAUUCGCCAUUGUCGGCAGUAGCGAUAUGAAUGCGACUUGCCUCAGCCAGGCUGGACCAGUGACACAAUAUCACUGGAGGGC